GGCGUAGCCCCUCCCUCUUGGCUGCAACUCUGGUGGUGCUGCUGGUCAGAAAAGUUUUCGGAACGAAGGCGAAACUUUAGAUAGUAUUUUUUCUUUUAAAGAAAGUCUUGGAUAAAAACCGGACCCGCAUCUCGGACUGUUCAGAGCAACAUUUUCACGCUUGUUUACUAUUUUGUUUUUUACUUCAAACGGUGGAAGUGUCGGUCGAGCGUGUUGUGAUCAUCGACAUGUGAUAACUCCUCUGGAGAAACUAGAGACGCUCCUCUAGUUCACGAGAAGAUGUUAGUUGUGAUUUGUCAUCCAUGACAGAUGCAGACAUGCUGCUUAUCUGAUGUCAGAAGCUCCUUUGGCACAGAAGAACAAUGUUCCCACUGUAGGAGGUGCCACCACACUCCUAAAGCAAACACUCCUUGGAUUUUUACCCAGACCUCCAGCCUCAUUGGCAUUCAGUCUGUUGGACCUUCUGCAGAUGAACACCAUGCCUUUUGUCCUCGGAAAGCAGAGGUUCUCCCAGGGUCAGUAUGGACUCUCCAGUGGAAGGACGAAGAAGGACACUCUGAAGAGAUCCCCCCUCCUUGGAUCUGGAUCCAGCUCAGGAUCUUCUGGGUCUACAUCUGUUUCUCUUGAGUCUGGAAAGGUGACACCUGCUCGUUUAUCUCCGCCACUGAGGUACAGGACUGGGAUGAAGGAAGCUACCUUGGAUGAUGACAUUGAGAGUGUUUUAGAUUUAAAUAUUAGUGAAGGGAAGAAGCCUGUGAACCAGAGUGUCCUCUCCACCAGGACUCUGCGAGAUGGGUUUCACCCCUUAAAGCCUGAAAUGGUGACCUCUGCUUCUCAAGGAGCCUUUAACAGUGAUAACUCCUUGGCCUGGUUGCAGAUCUGUAAAACAACCCCAACUAGAGACAGUUCCCUGGACUGGUUGCAGAUCUGUAAAACAACCCCAACUAGAGACAGCUCCCUGGACUGGUUGCAGAUCUGUAAGAUACCUAUGAACGAUAAUCCUCCUGAGUCAUGUCCAUCCUCCACUCACCUUAGCCAUGACAACAGAUGGUUAGAACCUUCCAGUGAAGUUAAAAAUAAUACGGACCUGAGAACCAUGUCCCCCGAGCCCAGCCAGUCCAUGUAUACUCCAGAACUGGCAGCUAAGAUCAAUCAGCGAUUUGGAGUUGAAAAAGAUGACCUAGAUUCUCUCCUCUCCUACCACGAAGAUCAGAUCACUGGUGAGAGUCUUCCUCUCAUUUUACAACAAGCAUGCAUCCAGAGAGAAAAAUGUCCCACUGUUCAGUCUGACCCGAAUUCUCCUGAACCUCCACCCACAGCUGGAGUCAGUGUGGUGGAUAGAUUGGGUAGUUUUGUGGGAGCAGACACGUUCCAGGAUGGCAUACCAGCAGCUGGUCUUGAGCCAAGUGAGGGCGUGUGUAUUAGACCUUCAGUAGAUGCAGGUGAAACUGAAGGAGACAUUGGUGGUGAAGAUAACAGGGUUGGAAGGAGAACUGUGGUAAUGUUCGGCACUUCAAUGAGUAGCAGUUUAAGUAGAGGCCCAUCAGAAGGAACCAUACAGGUGAGAAUCAGUAGGCCAGGUCCUUCAUGUGACCUGCAGGGCUUUGUGGUUCCUCCAGCUUGUGAUCCAGCAAAGCCACAUCAGAUCCAACCCAUCCAGGAUUCACCAACACACCUCACUUUUCCUUCCCUGCCGGAACAAGACACAGGUGUCACAUCAGAAGCUUCUAAGAACACCGGUUUACCAGAAACACCAAAAGCCCAACCAUCUCCUCUCCAUGGUCCUGGACCAUCUGGGAUUGAGCACAAAAGCAGCAGUGACGAGCGUUGUACUGAAAUUCAUAGUAAAGGGUUACAGGUCACUCAGCGGAUAAAAUCACAAACUCAGCAACACCUGAAGGUGCCAAAAUCCAUAAUAGUUCUUCCUCCACAAGUAAAACCUGCCGAACCAACGAAGACUGAUCUGGCCCGAAGCACCAUCUCAGCUUCUCCUGCCCUUGCUCAGCUGACCUCGUCCGUAAACUCCACUGAUGCUCAGCAGCAGUCUCCCAGCACGAAGGUGCCACCACCCUUCGUGGUAGAGGACUACUCCGGAGUCAUGCCGAGAAGGUUUCCACACACCUGUUCUCUUUGUCACCUAAGAACUUUUCACAUGAAGGAUUGGCUCUCACACCAGAAAACGCGUCAACACCACGACUGCUGCAAAGAACUCCUUAAACGAUAUCCCAGUUGGGAUCGCACGGAGCUUCCGGUGACAAGCUUUCCAGGUAGAAAUGCUAAACUCGCAGCCACAACUUCAGACAAGACGUGUCGGUAUCCUCGCUGCAAGAGCCGCUCUCGUUCCCGCAGUCCGUGCCGGUAUCGCAGAUUGAGGUGCCGAAGGUCUCGAUCUCGCUCUCGAUCGCUUGACCGUCGCCGUUCUGCUCGACAUCGAUCACGUCCAAGGAGCCGCAACAGAGGAUCUUCGUACAGGAGGGGAGAGAAACCGUCGUCUCCACGGAGGUUACAAGAGAAUCCAUCAAACAGAGACAGCCUGAAACCAAGAGGGUUGAGCAGCGUGGAGAAACAGCCUGAAAUAACAGCCGUUGAUUCCGAGUCAGAUGUGGAGGUUGUUGGUGAAAUUCUUCCUCCUGUUCUAGCGAUUAAGUCUGAUGAGGUCUGGUCAGCAUCCUCCACAGCUGCUCCAUCUUCUUCCUCCAGUUCAGUGGUGAGAAGAUCCAAGUCACUUGAGGUGAAGAGUAGCCAUCAGAAGAGGAAUGCUGGUUCUUCUGGAACCCUGCAGGAGGGCCAAAGGAGAGCCGAGCUGCGCUCAUACUCACCAGACCCUGUGACCUCGCUGACUGUAGGAGAGCAGAUGGAAAUCCACCUGCAAAGGAGAAAUCUGAUGUGUUCAAACUUAACCAAUUUUCACUCAACCAAGCUUCAGAACAAACUCCUGUUGGUGGGAAACCUGCCAGUGUUUCACCACAACCACUACACAGAGGCCAACGUCGCUGAUCUGCUUCGUCCGUUCGGAUUCCACUACUCAGACCAAAGCAUAUUUGUUCUUCCCACACUACGCAUGGCGUUUGUGGUCAUGCCCAGUAUAACAGAGCUACGGAAGUUUUACAUUAAGAACCAGAAGGAAUUUACUUUCAAAGGAUCUAAACUCAUCUUGGAGAUCAUUCACUGCAAAAUCUUCACAUCACCGUUUCAGUUCUAUAAAUCCCUGAUGAAGCUGAUGAACUUUGAUGUGACCAACGAUGGAUCAAGUGUGGUCUUCAUCCAGAAUAUCUCAUCCCAGGAAGCCAAAGAUCUCAGAGAAAAUUCAAAGAAAAUGGGUUCUGUUAGGAACUACAUGCCUUUACUCAACAAGGUGUUCAUUGAGUUUACCUCCAUUUACGAUGCUGAUGGGCUCGGAGUUUGGUACAGCCGUCUGAACCGGGGCCUGGACCACAGAGUGUUCAGGCUCAAAGCCCCCCAGGGCUCCGCCACCUCAUCACGGCAAAGACGAGGAGAAAACUCUUCAGCCCACAUCAACGACUAUGUUGCCAGGGCACUCAUGUUGACAACAAAUACUCAGGAUGUUCCACAUGGCAGUUCACCACCAUUCUGGGUUACCAUGACGACUGCUCCUUACAUGUUCCCUACUGCAGCUCCCUGCUUCAUCAUCCCAGAUUUUCUGACAGUCAAUCAAAUCAGCGACAUUACAGAAGCUGAGCCGCGGGCCUCUGUGUUUUCCACCAUCAUGCUGACCGGUUUGCCUGAAGAAAACUACACGCACGAGGGCAUCGCCGACCUGGUGUCGGGUUGUUUCCCCGAAAAGAAUCGUCCGUUUCAGAGCUUUAACUUGAUCGUCCUGACCAUGCAGAGGAGGGCUUUUCUAUAUUUCAACACCUGGGAGGCAUGUCGUUGUUUUGUUCUGAAUUAUCUAACAAAUCCAGUUUCUUUGAGAGGAUGUGUCCCACGUCCCGCCAUCCAUUUUGUCCUCCAGGACAUGCAUCCUGGCCUUGAUGAGGUGACCGUGUACAGUAAUCUGAUAAAGUGGUGUAAUGCACAUCCUCCGGUCCUGGACACACUGGAGGACCGCCUGCUGUGUGUGGAUGUCUCUGACACGAGUAUGUCCCUGGUCAUGAAGGUCACAGAAAUGGUUGCCUCUGUCGCUCCUUUUCUCAACUACUUGGCACUUGCCGACAAGAUUUACAUCGAGAUGGUCAAAUCCAAUGAUGCAGAAAAGGUGGAGGAAGUUUUCUCAACGGCCCGUUUGUCUCGACCUGAAACUUGGAGGAAUGUUCUACACGUGGAGUCACCGAUGACCCGUAAACGUCUCCAAGGUCUACACACAGCAGUAGGUGCAGAGCCUCCAGAAGCUCCUGGUCCUCUAGCAGUCUCCUCUGGAUCAACAGAUCCAGUUUCAGAACAAAGUUAUGAGACAUUAAAGGAGACCUGCAACCCUGUGACUCAUCCUUCAGCUCUGGACCUACCAGAACAGAAACCAGAGAAGCUCGUUAAACAGAUGGAAGUAGACGACACAACUAGGAACCAGACACAGGAAGCUGGUCCAGAGACCAGUGAGUGUCAACUAAAGACCAGCUCAUCUAAGAUAGACGAACAAUCAAACAAACCUGAAAGAAAAUAUGAGACAAGAGCAAAUUACAGCAAGACAGAGGAAGACAUGACCCCUGGUGGUUCUGGUAGGAGACAGUCCACCAGAACCCUCAACAAGCAGGAAAAGGCUUUAAACCCUGAUGUGGACAAAGCUGGAACCAACAAACCAGUUACACCGAUGUCCACCAGAGGAAGGAAAGCCAAGACAGAGGCGGAAAAUGAGAAAACCCAGGAAGAUGGGACCAUCCUGACCAUGACGAGAACCAAACCAACCAGAGAGCAAAGUCCAAGGAGAGAAGAAACAACUUCAGCAGAGGAGGAGGGGACUGCUGAAGUUCAGCCAAGUCAAAAACCAAAGAGAGGAAGACCAAAGAAACAAAGUGCAGCUGUAAAGGAGAACGUCUCCUUGCCCUCUAAAGCUGCUCUGGUCUCUGAAGACCAGAUGUUGGAUUAUCCAGAAGAUAAAGAAACAGCUGCUGCUGAGGAUGAGGUGGUGGUUAAGGAUGGAGGAGACGCUACAGCAUCAGAGAACCAAACAUGCUCCCUUCAUCAUGAGGUUAGAAAAGAACCAGACAAAAGAGAAGAUGAAACCUUAAGAUCUUCUAAACGCCACCAUGAGGAGGAGACAGGUUCUGGUGGAGAGGUGGAGCAGCUUCUUGGACCUGUUGCUAAGCAACCUUGUUCUGAUUCUGAUGUCUCCAAGCCGCAGCCAUCAGAUCCAGACGAGUCUCUCGGUCGGCGGUUUGUGGAGCGCAAGCUGGGCUUCUUCUGUUCCCUCUGCUCCGUUUUCUACGUGGACAAGAGCAAAAUGGAGGACCAGCACUGCUGCAGCCGAGGCCACUACAACAACCUGAAGAAAUAUUACCAGAAGCUUCAACAAUUACCUCCCAGGACAUGAAAAGGUCUCUCGGCUCUGGAAUGGCCUCAACACGCCUCAUCUUGUUCAUAGCAGGAGAAUUAGAUGUUAAACUGUCCAAUUCAAGAUGGCUGCCACACAAACCGCCUACAACUCAGUCCUACAGACAUUAAUGGAUCACACCAGUUUAAGUUCUGACUGGUCCUCAGGAAUCGUAAAGCUUCAGCCCUGACCCAGAACAGCGGUGCAUGAUGAUGUUUUCAUAUUCAAGCUGAACUCAACGGGUGAAAGAUUACUGUACUCCCUCGUGUCGGUGAGCCAAAUAAAAACUAAAGGUUU